AUGGCUGACGUUAUCACACAAGCAGCGGAGGCUCUUAGGAGUGCUCAAAGCACUGGCAAUUUCAUUCGUCCUCUUCGGGAAACAUUCAAAGAGCUUGAUGCCGAUGACGCCUACGCAAUUCAAAAACAUAACAUUGAUCUACAGGUUUCACAAGGUGCUCGAAUUGUUGGAUCUAAGAUUGGUCUCACCUCACUUGCGGUACAAAGACAGAUAGGUGUAGAUCAGCCGGACUAUGGGGUUCUAUUGGACAAUAUGGAAUGCCCUGAGGGUGUUCCAAUUGCAAUGUCUCGCCUUCAACAGCCGAAAAUCGAAGCAGAAAUUGCAUUUAUCCUUGGAAAGGAUCUUGACUCUCCACGAACGACUGUCAUAGAUGUGAUCCGGGGAAUAGACUAUGUUGUCCCCGCGCUAGAAAUUGUGGGCAGUCGAAUUGAAGGCUGGGAUAUUAGACUAGUCGACACGAUUGCAGAUAAUGCAUCUUCGUCAGGUUAUGUUCUGGGCACACCUGUACGGAAGCUCGAUGGUUUAGAUCUGCGCAAUUGCGCCAUGACUAUUUCAAGUGGAUCAUCGGAGGGAAGAGUGCUGUCUUCAGGAGCUGGUAUGGCAUGCCUAGGAAACCCUUUGAAUGCAGUGGUAUGGCUUUCCAGAGUCAUGAAUGAACGUGGCUUCCCUUUGAAAGCCGGUAGCGUUGUUCUAUCUGGUGCAUUGGGUCCGAUGGUGGCUGUAGAGCCUGGGGAAACCUAUAAAGCGCACAUAGACGGACUGGGAGACGUAACAGCAGCUUUUGCUACCGAUUGA